UAUGUUGCAGCAGGUGGUCAUUGUGUGCAGUGGACAAGUCAAGUGAAUGGACAUAUUACGUGUAUUAUUUUUUUUUAUGACAACGCGUGAUUAAAUAUUUUAGAACGUGUUUUUGACGGCUUAUUUUCUUACUUGAAAGGUGUGUGAUUAUAAAUCCAGGUAGUUUUCCCCCGAAUACUUUUGUAUUCUAACAAGAGUGAAACUCAGAAUAGUUGCUGUGUCUUGAGAAACGUGGCUUUUAUGAACAGCUUUUAUUGCAUUUUUGCGGCGAACCAUGGCUUUUGCUAAAUUCAGCAAAAUACUUCGCCUGUCUAAUUUUGACAUAAAAAAGAAGGCAAAACAAUAUGAACACGUUCAUCGAGAUAUCAAUCCUAAUGACCAAUGGGAAAUCAUCGGAGAGUUGGGUGAUGGGGCUUUUGGAAAAGUUUACAAGGCCAAGAAUAAGGAGACUGGAGCGCUGGCUGCAGCCAAAGUCAUUGAGACGAAGACUGAGGAGGAGCUGGAGGAUUACAUGGUGGAGAUCGAUAUCCUGGCCAAGUGUGACCACCGCUACAUCGUCAAGCUGUUGGACGCCUUCUACCAUGAUGCCAAGCUCUGGAUCAUGAUCGAGUUCUGCCCUGGAGGAGCUGUAGAUGCUACUAUGUUAGAGCUGGACCGGGGCCUGAUGGAACCUCAGAUUCAGGUGAUCUGCAGACAGACGCUGGAGGCCCUGGUCUACCUCCACAGCAUCAAGAUCAUCCACAGAGACUUGAAGGCCGGGAACAUCCUCCUCACCCUGGAGGGAGACAUCAAGUUAGCGGAUUUUGGGGUGUCAGCGAAAAAUACCAAAACCCUACAAAGGAGGGACUCUUUCAUAGGAACACCAUACUGGAUGGCUCCGGAGGUGGUGAUGUGUGAGACUAUGAAGGACGCUCCGUAUGACUACAAGGCUGACAUCUGGUCCCUGGGCAUCACCCUGAUCGAGCUGGCCCAGAUCGAGCCCCCGCACCACGAACUCAACCCCAUGAGGGUCCUGCUGAAGAUAGCCAAGUCUGAGCCCCCUACCCUGGAGCAGCCCAACAAGUGGUCACAGGAGUUUAAGGAUUUCCUGAAAAAGUCGUUGGAUAAGAAUCCGGAGAGUCGGCCAAACGCAGCCCAGCUCCUGGAGCACCCCUUUGUUUGCUCUGUGAAGACCAACAGACCCUUGCGAGAGCUGGUUGCUGAGGCGAAGGCUGAAGUCAUGGAGGAAAUCGAGGACAAUCGAGAGGAAGGAGAGGAGGAGGACACCGCUGAGCUCUCAGUCCCAGUGCCUCCAGGCAAGGACCCGUCUCAAACCAGUCAAACCAGUCUACAAGGGGACAGUGCCCCAGACACACUCACCAAAACCCCCGUGGGGGCCGAGGCCAAACCCCCCGUGAGACCUUCCCGCACGAGGGAUGGCCAGCCGAUCGACCGACAGCUUCCUGAUGAGGGCAUCAGCAUUGUGGACUCUGACAAGCCCGAGAGCGUGGCCUCUGGCAAGGUCUUCUCCAGCUCUGACUCGGGCAUCGAGGAUGGGAAGAGCACCUCGGAUGAGGGCAAGCCUGUGGACACCCCUCUGCCAGAGAACCCGGCCCUGCUGGCACAGCCCGAGAUGGUACCAAAAAUACCCCAAAGCCAGUUGGCGGUGAAGGGAGAAAGCGCCAGCAUGGCCAGUGGGGUGGUUCCCGUGAUUGGGGAAAAAGGGCCCCCCACCCCUACCCCAGACCCCACACCUUUGAUCGGGCUGAACGGCAGCAUGAAGAGAGGGCCUUCGAAAAGGGAGAGGGUCCCCAUAGGGGCUAACAUGGACAACCCGAUGGCCCACCACAACGCCAAUGGCAUGAUCUCCAAGAGGUACUCUGACGCAGGCAGCGUGUCUGCUUCUGAGAGCAUGGACAUCAGCCUCAACCUGUCAGGAGACAUGUCAGUCAACAAGGACGAUGGAUCCCUCUGCCCCAGGGUGGACUCUCGUUUCUCCAGUAAGACGUUGAAGCGCACCAGGAAGUUUGUCAUUGACGGCUUGGAGGUCAGCGUGACCACAUCCAAGAUCAUCGGCGAUGAUGAGAAGAAAGAUGAAGAGAUGAGGUUUCUCAGGCGUCAGGAGCUCCGGGAUCUGCGGCUGCUGCAGAAGGAGGAGCACCGUGCCCAAGCGUUACUGAACACGAAGCUGGACGCUCAGAAGGAGCAGAUGCAGCGACGCUUCGACCAGGAGAUGAACGCGAAGAAGAAGUUCUACGACACGGAGCUGGAGAGCCUGGAGAAGCACCAGAAGCAGACCAUCGAGAAGAUGGAGACGGACCACGCCAUUAGGCUCAGGGACGAGACCAAACGCAUCCGCUCCGAACAGGACCGCGACUACAACAAGUUCCAGGAUCAGAUGAAGCGCAACAAAAAAGAGGUGAAGAACGAGAUUGAGAAGCUCCCCAGAAAGUCACGGAAAGACAGCAUGAAACAGAGCAUGAACACCUUUACACAGAUGAAACAAACGGAGGAGCAGAACUUCCUGUCGGCCCAGAAGAACCACCUGGACACAACGCUGAAGAGGAUAAUUUCGGAGAACAAGAGGGAGAUCUCCGAGACAGAGAGGCAGUGUCUCAACAAGAAGCAGAACCUUGUCAGAGACAGGGAAGCUACUAUCUGGGACCUAGAUGAGAAGAACCUUCAUGAGAAGCACCAGUUACUGAAACAGCAGCUAAAAGACCAGUACUUCCUCCAACGGCACCAGUUGCUCAAGAAGCAUGAGAAGGAACAAGAGCAGAUGCAGUGCUACAACCAGAGGAUGAUUGAGCUGCUCAAGGCCCGGCAGCAGCAGGAGAAGGGUCGCCUGCCCAAGAUCCAGCGCAGCGAGGGCAAGACCCGCAUGGUCAUGUUCAAGAAGAGCCUCCGCAUCAACUCCACGGGCAGCACGUCGGAGGACCGCGAGAAGAUCAAACAGUUUGCCCAGCAGGAGGACAAGCGUCAGAAGGCAGAGCGGCUGCACCAGCAGCAGAAGCAUGAGCACCAGAUGAGGGACAUGGUGGGCCAGUGUGAGGGCAACGUCCGGGAGCUCCAGCAGCUACAGAAUGAGAAGUGCCACCUACUCAUUGAGAACGAGACUCAGAGGCUCAAGUCUCUGGAUGAGCAGCACAACCACCAUCUCAAGGAGUGGAGGGAGCAGCUCAAGCCGAGGAAGAAGGCUCUGGAAGAGGAGCUGACCCAGAGGAAGAGGGAACAGGAGGUGUUCUUUAAGAUGAGUGAGAACUCUGAGUGCCUGAGCCCCAGCUCCCCAAACAAACUCACCAAGUUCCUCCCUUACUCUGAAUCCUCUACAACGUAGACUGGCAUCUCACCCCCCCCCCCCCCCCCCAAACACCCUUAUCCCACACCAUGUCCAGAAGGCCCACUGUCAGCUUCCUCAUUCCUCCUGAACUUUUAUUUCAUUUUUAAGGAAUAGUUAUGUUUUAAGUCCUGUUUAUAAGAUUUUAUCAUUUUAUUAACUCAAGAUGGCAAAGAUUGGUCAUAUUUUCUUUGAGGAUUGUCUUUAACUCCACAUGUGCAUCAGGCUGCUUGAUAGUUAGGGUUUUCUUCAUCCAUGCAGUGUUUCCUUUUUCAUUCUUAUUAAUAUUGCCGACAGCACCAAAUUGACUCGGAUCCCAAUAAGCAUGAGACUAACCUAAUAGUUAGAAGGGUGUGGUGGGGAGAUGCAUCCCAUAUCCCAAAGAGAGUCAGUUUGUGGAGUAGUAGUUUAGGUGCAAUGUGGAACACAAGAAAAAAAUGUACUUCAGACAAUGUUGUGUUGGUGGAAGCCAAUGAAAACGCACUUUUGUUUCACUGCAAUAUCAGUCUCCUUCCAAAGAGUUUCUCGCUUAAUGAACACACCCAAGUAUGGCGCACAUAAACUCAGCAAAAAAAUAAACUUCAACUGCGUUUAUUUUCAGAAAAUGUCACAUGUAAAUAUUUGUAUGAACAUAAGCUUAAACAACUGAGACAUAAACUGAACAAGUUCCACAGACAGGUGACUAACAGAAAUUGAAUGGGGGGGACAGUAACUGGUGUAACUGGUGUGGCCACCAGCUGCAUUAAGUACUGCAGUGCAUCUCCUCAUGGACUGUAACAGAUUUGCCAGAUCUUGCUGUGAGAUGUUGCCCCACUCUUUCACCUUGGCACCUGCCAUUUCCUGGACAUUUCUGGGGGGGAAAGGCCCUAGCCCUCACCCUCUGAUACAACAGGUCCCAGACGUGGACAUUGGGAUUGAGAUCCGGGCUCUUCACUGGCCAUGGCAGAACACUGACAUUCCAGUCUUGCAGGAAAUCACACACAGAAUGAGUAGAAUGGCAUUGUCAUGUCAGGACGAGUCUGCAGGAAGGGUACCACAUGAGGGAGGGGGUUGUCUUCCCUGUAACGCACAGAGUUAAGAUUGCCUGCAAUGACGACAAGCUCAGUCCGAUGAUACUAUGACACACUGCCCCAGACCAUGACGGA